AUUCUCUCUCUCUCUCUCCAUGUAGUAAACAGAAAGAGUCGCAGUGCAGGCUGCUGUAAACAGACAUUUAAAUGGAGAGAUGAGAGAUUGGUGAGAAAUACUCGCCAUAGUAUUUCUUCUCUCAUCUGUGCUGCUAUCAACUGACCAUCGUCCGUCACCUCCUGCGAAAAUACAACCCCAGUGUGUUCUCUUUCAAAGGACAGGAGAUAUAUCAGCGAUAUAUGUAUUGUAUGUAUUUAUAUACGUGUGUGUUUAUGUAGGGUACGGUGUAUAUAUAUGUGUGUGUAUAUAUGUAUGUAUAUAUAUAUAAGGGUACACUUGUUGUUCAUCGUCGCAUGUUUAUCUGUUGAACAAAAACAUUGAUUGGAAAGGUCUAUAUACACACGUAUAUAGAAAGAAAAGAAAACAUUAACGAAAACGAAAUUCUUCGCACCAAAGACUAAACAUUAACAACAACAAUAAUAAUAAUUGUUACGAUUAUUGUUAUUAUUAUUAUUGUUAUUAUUAAUUAUUGUCAAUCGAAUUUGGAAUAUUUGGCUUCUUUUAAUUGACGUUUGAUUUCUUUAAUUAAGAAACGAAAGUGGAUUUAUUAAGAAUCGCGAAAAGAAAAAGGAAAAAUGUUUAUCUGAAUAUGAAAGAUGUUGACGAUGUGUAGAAGAAUGACUCGGAUUGGAUAAACAAGGAAGAUUUUUUUGUAAAAUAAUUGUAGAUAACACGUUCGGUGGAGAUAUUUUUCAUUGAGAUAUAUCAUUGUCUUGAAAUAAUAACCCCCUAAAAAUCUAUGGCUUCAGACGAGAAGAAACUGUUGUCCGGUGCAAGUUAUAAACCGGUUGUGAAUGACUGCGACAAGUUGUUGGUGGCAAGCAAUGGAUGCGACGGUUGUAUUUCAAACAAUCGAUGUAAUAACAUGACGAAAGCGGCCACUCAUUGGUCGUCAGAACAAUACGGUUCGAGGAGAUGUGCUGGCAAUUCAUCUUAUAUGGUACCCACUUACCAUUCGUUACCCAUGGAUAUCAUAAAACGCACUGAAUACCCGCAGUCCUCCAGCCCCUGUCGGGGUAACGGUUUAACCGGGCACCACCACCACCAUCAUUAUCACCACCAUCACCACCACCAUCUCACCACCAACAGCAACAUCAACAACCUCAAUAAUACUCGUAGCCACUCCAAUAAUAAACAACACAGCGGUUGCCACCCGCAGAAGGUUCACACCGUACCCCAAUACGGGUCGCCGCCGCCGUCGCUCAAGGACCGUAAAAGCUUCAAAAAUGUGUUUGUGAUCGGUUUUGCUUUUAUGUUCGUCUACACAGCCUUCAUGUCCCUUCAGAGUCUUCAAAGUUCUUUAAACACCGACGGAGGGGUCGGUGUUGUGUCACUUAGUUGUAUGUACGCUUCUACCGUCCUCUCCUGUUUGCUUGCCCCAUGGAUUAUCAGUAAACUAAAAUGCAAGUGGACCAUGGUGUCUGCUUUUAUUCUCUUUUCUGCUUACUUCGCUGCUAAUUUUUACCCUAAACAUUUCAUGUUAAUUCCAGCAGGCAUGAUUCUCGGUCUGUUGACCGGACCGUUGUGGAGUGCCCAGGCUACCUUAGUCACAACGAUGGGCAUUAUGCAUGCACAAAGAAUACACAAUUACGACACAAAUGCCGUCGUUAAUAAAUUCAUGGGCAUUUUUUAUGCUUUCUACCAGAGUAGCCAAAUUUGGGGUAACAUAAUCACAGCAACAGUUCUGUUUAACAACGACACCGUACAAGCUUAUAACCCGGUUGUAGAGGUGUGGCGCAAAGCUGCUACCGCCCUCAACGAAUCAACGGCUAUCUCGGCCUACAUUUAUUCGCGCCCUUCCUCGCUAUCGUAUUCCUCACAGUUCACCUGGAAGAAAUGCGGUGCUAAAUUCUGCGACCUGCCGUUUGCCGACCCAGGUGCCGAAUACCAUGACUAUAACCCCAUCGUGGCCGGAAUAUCGGACGAUUCUCGACACAUGCUUCUUGGAGUUUACCUGAUUUGCGGCAUCAUGGGUGCCAUCAUAAUCGUGGCCCUCCUGGACAAAGAGGGCCAAAAAGAAGAGUCCUAUGGCAACCUUUCGUCUCGUGAACUCUGCUUGGCCACCGUGCGAAUGCUGUGCGACCCCAAAUGCCAGUUGCUAAUGCCGCUCGUCUUAUUCCUCGGUUUGCAACAAGGAUUUCUUUUCGGAGAUUUUACUAAGUCUUACGUGAAAUGCACUCUUGGGAUGUACAGCAUUGGCCUGAUUCUCAUCACAUUUGGCGUUGUGAAUGCCAUCAGUUCUGUUGCCAUUGGUUACAUUGCCAAACACAUCAAACGUUUCGCAUUCAUCACUGCUGCUGCAACGUUUAACGCUGGAAUUCUUAUGGUUCUUAGUCUGUGGAAACCUCAAUCUUUAGAUAUACCAAACUUUUAUGUGAUAUCUGCCUGUCUUGGCCUUUGUGAUGCCAUAUGGCAGACGCAGACUUUUACUCUGUUUGGCGUUUUGUUCAUGGAUCGACAAGAGGCUGCAUUCGCGUCUUACCGCAUGUUCCAUGCCACCGGUUGCGCCAUAGCGUUCGGUUACAGCUACUUCCUGUGUGUGGUGACCAAAGUUUACAUCCUCGCUGGUGCAAUGGGCGUCUCACUGCUGGCGUACGGCGUCAUUGAAUUACGGCUGAGGUUACAGCAACAAGACAUCAAAGACAUUGUUGCUCUGUAGAGCAGAGCAGAUCAGAGUAGGAACUGGCACAAAUGGACACACAGACAGACAGACAGACUGACAGGCAAAUAGAAUGACUGGAAAGACAGACAGACAGACUGACAAAAAGACUGAUCAACUAAAAGAUAUGGACAGACAGAUAAAUUUUACUUUCACUUUCACUUCCCAUUGUAACCCAUCGUAGUACUGCCAAAUUUCCACCGCUACUACACACUCCCCCACCGCCAAUCACCAUCACCAUAAAUACCAUCUAAACCAUCAACAACAGUGAUAACACCACUGGCAAUAACAACGGCACCAGAGCCAGCGACAGUGGCACCAAUACCAGGGCAGUGGCACCAAUACCAGGGCAGUGGCACCACUACAAAUCACCUUUCAGGCCAUUAUCGCUCGUCUCAUCCGCCAUUGUAUCAUCGAUGUAUGUAUAUAUUUGUAUUCGUACAUGUGUCUAUAUCUGUGUGUGUUUGUGUUUGUGUGUGUGUGUGUGUGUGUGUGUGUGUGUGUAUAAGAACACAGUCAACUUUUCAAUUGUGAUACGUGCAGCAUCAGAAUGACUAUUUAUUUGGUGUGUGUGUGUGUGUGUGUAGAUUU